AACGGGACGUGGACGGGACGGAGCGGGGCCGAACUGAACCGAACCGGCAGCGCCAUGUGCGAGGCGGCGGAGGACGAUGGAGGGUGCGGGGCGGACACGGCACCGGCACGGCGCCGCCGCCUCUCGGCACACAGCCACCCACGGCCCUGCAUGAAGUGCAAACAGGGCUCUGCCGCCCUCAUCAUCCGCCUCGGGGACGCUUUCUGCCGCGACUGCUUCCACGAGUAUUUCGUGCACAAGUUCCGCGCGAUGCUUGGCAAGAACCGCGUCAUCUUCCCAGGAGAGAAGGUGCUGCUGGCAGUGUCAGGGGGGGCAGCCUCCAGCGCCAUGGUCCGGCAGGUGCAGGAGGGGCUCAGCCGGGAGACAGCCAAGAAGCUCCGCUUCAUCCCUGGCCUCAUCUACGUUGAUGAGGGAGCGGUGCGUGGGCAGAGCACGGCACAGCGGGAGCAGAACCUGGCCUCCAUGGAGACCUUGCUGCAGGCAACCGGCUUCCCCUACCACCUGGCCCACCUAGAGGAGGCACUGGAGCUGCCCGCAUCCAUCUUGCAGCCGGGGCCGGAGAAGUCCAACAAGCCCAACUCGUCCUACAAGGAGGCCGUGGAGGGCUUCAUCCAGCAGCAGCGGCAGGAGGGGAACGGGGAUGGUGGCACCUUGUCGCCUGGCCUCAGCACCCAGGAUGCACCUGCAGGGUCCCCAGCCACCCCCCGCCUGCCCACCGCUGCCUGCACCCAGGAGCUGCAGCAGCUCUUCAAGGCCGUGGAGACGACGACAGCGAGAGAAGAGCUGCUGCAGAUGCUGCGGACCCACCUCAUCGUGCAGACAGCCCGGACUAAGGGCUACACCAAGGUGAUGACAGGCGAGAGCUGCACCCGUGUGGCCAUCAAGCUCCUCACCAACCUGUCGUUGGGUCGUGGUGCCUUCCUCGCUGUUGACACGGGCUUUGUGGACAACCGCCACGGCGACGUGAUGGUGGUGCGUCCCAUGCGGGAGUACAUGGCCAAGGAGAUUGCCUUCUACAACCACUUCUUCAAUGUCCCCACUGUCAUCGCGCCACCCCUCCCCACCAAGCGCCACGAGAAGCCCAGCAUCCACGACCUGAUUGAGCGCUUCCUCCUGGGACUGCAGGAGGAUUUCCCCUCCACCAUCAGCACCGUCUACAGGACAGGUGAGAAGCUGAGCCCAGCUCCAGCCAAGGCGAGCAGCGAGUCCCAGCGCUGUCUCCUCUGCCUGUGCGCCCUGGACAUUGCUGGGGAGGAGGAGCUGGCCCUGGAGCCCACGCUCAUCGUGGAGGAGACCGAGCCGGUGGGGGACGGGUGCUGCCAGGACACCCCAGCAGCGGGGGCUGAGAGCAAAGCUGCCUUCAUCCCGCUGCUGUGCUACGGCUGCCGCCUCACCUUCAAGGAACUGGGUCCCCUCGCCACGCUGCCACCCUACGUGCGCGCCGAGGCCCAGCGCAGGAUCCUCAGGGCACAGAUGGAGCAGCAGAGCCAGGAAGUCCCACUGGAGAACGAGGAGCCCGGCAAGAGCUGAAGGGGCUGGGCACAGUGGGGCACACAGACCCCCAUCUCUCUGGUGUACCCGUGGGGCAGGGUGGCACUCCCCGCCCCAGGAUGGUGGAGGACCAACGCCUCUGUGGACCUCCUGCAGCUGCUUUUACACCCCAUUUUGGUUACAGCUGGGGGGCAGGGGAGCCCCCACCCCCCCCUUCAAUGUGGGGGCUAAGGGUGCUGGUCCCCCCUGGAGGCAGGAGAUCCCCCUGCACCCCCUUCUCCCUCCCCCAGCUACACAUGAGCCGGGGAGGCCUCAGCUUUGUUUUAUUAGAUAUCUGUAUAAAUAAACCAUUUGAAUUAAUAAAAAACAAAACAAAACAAAACAAACAAAACAACCCAAAAACAAA